AUGCCCUCUCUCUUCCCCAAUGAGUAUCCAUCAUUACCCCAGUUCAGUUCUCUACUCGUAAAGGGCUCACACCAUCCUACUGCGCCACUCCACCUCGCAUUGUCGCAUUUGGCACUGUCAUCAGAAUCAACAGCAUUAAUUUUAUCGUCCUCGUCAAUUCACCUCAAUCUAGCACUCCGUCAGUACAAUGACGACUGGUUGGCUACUCACUCCGGACACGGAGAUCUGGCUGCCGUUUCUUCACGGGUUCAAAUAUUUUAUCCUCCAACUCCAGCACAUCUCGUGUUCUUGCUCUCUACCUUUCACGUUGUGGAUUCAUCGGCCAAUAGUGAUGAUCUUGCAUCGUCAAAAUCCGUUCUGGCAUGUCCCCCUGCUCUCAUUGUGCUGCAUGAACUUUCGUCGUAUUUUCUACGUGACGUACAAGAACAUCCAACUUCCCACAGUUGGACUGUCUCCUCGUAUCUCAACCUUGUGGCUCAAACAGCUUCUUUAAUAUCUUUCCUGUCACCGACUAAAGCAGGAUCCACUCCAUCGACCGUUCUCGCCCUUUUCGACUCCCGAAUCGAUGAGAUGAAGUUACCCGUUUUGCGACACCCAUCCAGCGGUAACGAACGUCCAUCAAUCGCAGCGCCGGAUCUUGCCCGGUCUCCAAGGGUCGAGGAAGUUGCACCGCUCGUUCAGAACUAUUUCCAAUGGACUGCUGUUUUCUCUUCAGGUUAG